CCAAUAUGCCCCCCUCCUGACACACUUCAACGUUCAACUUUCACGCGCACGGGUCACGCAUGUCACCAUGCUCGACGUCCAGGCUUAGUUGAAGAGAUAAUUAUGUUGGCGUCAUGAACUCUAAUUCAGCGACAGAUUCUCGAGCUGCGAUUGCAUAUAUCGUCUCUACAGACCUCAUCAAAUGGUCCUCUCUACUUCCUUCAAAUCCAAAACGGUCUCUUUUCGUUCACACGCUGGUGAAGGAUCUUGAGCUACUAUCGCCUUCUUAUUCCGCUACGAGAAGGAUUCGAGUUGUACGACCACGUACAGCUACAUACGAAGAUCUUGAGGUCUAUCACUCGAAGGAAUAUCUCAACUUUCUGUUAGGAGAGGGCGAACCAGACCCGGAUGCUCUCCCUGAAGAUUUUGGUUUAGAGGAUGAUUGCCCACUGUUUCCUGGUCUAAACGAAUAUGUACGGGCAGUGGCAGGUGCUACGCUGACUGCAGCGAACGCGUUGAAGUUAGUAGACGUAGCGAUAUGUUGGGAUGGUGGCAGACAUCAUGCCCAAAAAGCUCGAGCGUCAGGAUUUUGCUAUGUUGCAGACUGUGUACUUGCCAUACUAAUCUUGAAGAGAUUCCCACCCAUGCCGCAGGCACGAGAUACUCCCGACAAGAGUUCCGCCAACACCAGAAAAGCGCGGGUAAUGUAUCUAGAUCUCGACGUUCAUUUCUCCGACGGAGUUUCGCAAGCAUUCUACCAACCAACCACUACUCCGGCUAUCAAGCCAAGAACUAAUUCGAAUCGACAGGUACUGACACUGAGCAUCCACCACACUUCACCUGGAUUCUUCCCAGCUUCACCUCUCUCCGGUCUCCCCCCAUCUUUAUCAGAAGUAACCCCCGCAAGUAACCGAUCCUUUGAUCCAUACACGCUUUCGAUCCCGCUCAACCGUGGUCUUUCGUCCCAAACAUACCGUGCCAUCUGGCCAAUCGUUGAGCGUGUCAAAGAUGCUUUCGAUCCCGAUUAUAUUGUCGUUCAGUGUGGAGUAGACGCGCUAGCUGGUGAUCCCGGGUCAAGUACUGAAUUCAAAUCUGUCGGAGUGGGCAACUGGUCCUUAGGUGGUAGGACGGGUGUAAGCGAAGUUGAGGAAGGAUCUCUUGGAUGGUGCAUUGAGAGGGUCUUGAGUACCUGGCAGGGGAAGAAACUUCUCCUUGGAGGUGGUGGAUAUCAUUCUCCAAAUGCAGCCAGAGCUUGGGCCUAUCUAACUUCAAUCGCUCUAGACAAACCUUUACAUCUCGACACUGGCAUUCCACUUACUCACGACGAAUUUCCUCUUUAUGGACCGUCUUUUACGCUCGACGUGCCGCCUGGGAAUAUGGAGGAUCUGAAUUGGGAUCGAGAGGAAGAAUCUCAGUUUCUCAGGGAUGCAAAGGAGAGGUUUGAAUGGGUCUGUAAAGUAUUAGAAAUGCAUCGUUUAUAA